AUAUAUAUAUAUAUAUUAUAUAUAUAUAGUAGACCUUUUGGGUAACUAGACAAUGGCUAGUACUAACGUGUUUGGCAAGCCCGUGACAGGGGGAACUAGGCUAGAGAGGGCUCGCAAGGCGAAUGAGGAUCCAAACGCAGACGGAAAGCGUGAUGAAGCAGUUAAGUAUGUCAAGAAACAAAAAGAGAACUUUGGGAGUGGAGUUUCCACACUAAGUAUCUUUUAUAAUGCCACCGGUGAGACCUUGUUUUAUGCUGAAGACGACUCAAAGUAUGGGAAGAUCUAUGAUUCGUAUCCGGCUAGAGUUCAGAAUGGCCAGUGGGGUGCGUUUUUGCAUAUAAAAAACCCUGUUGUGGCAUCCGGCUCAGAAGCAUUUGUAGUAUACCGUGGCAGGUUCAAUGAUACAGAUUAUUGCAAGCAACUAAUUGCUUGGGAUGUCCCUUGGGACCAAUUGACAGGUUACAACCACGCCUAUUGUGAAAUCAAUGACGAUAACUCUGAGAUUGACAAGAAUAAGGUAUAUAAAAAUAUGGAAGCUGGGGGGCGACAACAUUCAAUUAUGAAGAGUGGAAUUUUCUUAACAUCGUAUAUUGACGAGGGCAGUUCUCCUAUGUACGAAGCACAAUUCAUUCUUGCAGAUGCAGCACGGGCUGCACGUUGAUAUUAUUGAUAUACUAUGAACUUGUCGCAUGCUUGAUCAACGAUAAUAAUUAAGGUGGCUAGCUUGCAGUUUGCUAGCUAGCCACUACGUAUUACUAUAUGUAGUAACAAUAAUAAAUCCAGCCACAUGUGUGCGUGUGGGCAACGGCCGGCCUUCACGUGUGUUAUGUUGUGGUUUCAUUAUGCUGAUGUAUGAAAAGAAACUUGUUUAUCUCUGUGUGUAUGUACUUCAUCGUGUUUGAAUAAAUAUAAAGCAUUAAGCAUGUUUAUAUAUUA